UGGAAAUCCUAUGCAUACCCCACCCUACCGCUUCUGCCGGCGUGACUCACUGUAUUAACUCAUCAUAUAGCAGCGUCCGCAUUAUAACUAGAAUAGUGGUCAGUCUCGGAGGUUAAAUAAAUGGGGGAAUCUUUGAGUUAGACAACAAUAUGCCGUCGAACCUACGUCACACCGGAAAGAGGGAUGAGACAAUGGAAAUCUGGAUCUUGAGAGAAGAUACUGCCGAAAUAAGAGCCAAAUGUCGUUGGACCGUUACUCAUCACCAGCACUUCUUGUUCAUAGGGAUUGUCUUUGAGUACUUGUCUUCAACGCCUACGCCUGAGCGAUUACCGAAGAGUGGUUCAAGCCUUUAUUAUUUGCGUGAUGGCUCCGUAGAGACAAAGGAAGAAAAGAUCGGGGCCGGCGAAGUAGGCUCUGCCGCGGCGUAUGCAUACUUGACCAGUGCUUUGCGCAUUACUGGUAGCUCUACCAACCUCGCCCGACAUCUUGGAGGUCUCAUCUUGCCCUCCAGAUCUGGAUAUAUCGUGCGGUCGGAUGUUGUUUCACUUCGUCUAGUCGACUGCGAACCUUUGGAAGGCGCCACAUCAUUCGCCAGUCCCUUGCAAUACUUUCCCGAGGACAAUCUUGACGAAGUCAAUAACAGCCUCCCCGAGCUACUGUGCUCCGCUGCUGGAGGAUUCUUCGUUCGCGAAGAGCUUUCCACAGGUGAUCCUGGCGCUGCUUUCGAAGCGAUACAGUCCGAGUUGUUGGACCGCUUAUCAUUUCCUUGGACCCUUGCAGAGCUGCCAUCAACGCGGGAACGAACGCUAGUCUUGGUCGAGGGUGGAGGUUCCAAGCCCGAAUAUGAUGGCAACGCUGCUAGAAUCUACCCGGCAGCUCGGGCACUUGGCCUUCGCAUCAUUGUGUUGGAUAAGCCAGGACAUUGGCUAGAGAACGGUAGCUACAACGACUUGCGGGAAUCCUUCAUUCCUUGUGAGUUGUCCGCCGAUAGCCAGGUUUUAGCGGACAACAUCGUCAAAGCACUCCAUGCACAGAAGGACCGCAUUGGGGGUAUAGUCAGCUUUUUCGACGAGUUUCAAGUCGGUGUAGCGAAGGCAGCCCAAAUACUCUCUCUACCAACACUGACUCCGGAGGCAUACACGAUAGCAACGAAUAAAUAUGAAACCAGUGCUGCAGCAGGACGCAUUUCCUAUCGUGGAAACACCGUAGAGGACGCACUUGCUAUUUCUCGCCGCGAAGACCUCGCUCUCCCUUUGAUUGUGAAGCCAUGUUCAGGCUGGAGCUCUGAAGGCGUUUUUAAAGUAGCAGACCGUGCCGAGCUCGUAGAUGCCGUCAGUCAGAUCGACUUCAAACGCCAUGGCACAGAGUUUGUGGUUGAAGAAUACUGUGACGGACCUGAAGUCGACCUCAACAUGAUCAUGUACGACGGGAACCUGCUGUUCUACGAGAUCUCCGACGACUAUCAGAAAGCAGCAGAAGGAAACGGAGAGAUGAUGGUGAACACUUUCAUUGAGAUGGACAGUGUUGCACCCUCCGCCCUGCCUGAGGCGGAACAGCUAGUGCUUCGACGGACGUUUCAUGACCUGUUGGUGCAUAAUGGUCUUGACUUCGGAGUCUUCCAUGUCGAAGGACGAGUGAAGAACUCCACCAUGGAGUAUAAGACAGACUCCCUCGGGAUUCUCGAUCUCCACCCACGGCGAAGUGCAGAUGACGGCUCCCCAAAACCAAGUGCUUUCGUGCUAGAUAUCAACCCGCGACCACCAGGAACCGCGGCCGCUAUUCAUCCUCGAAUAACAUAUGGCGUCGACUACCAUGCUUUGUCCAUGCUUAUUGCAUUACGGGACAAGACUAGGGUAUCGUCGAUGGCUUACCCUUUCCGCCAGCGUAAUCAGUACUGGUGCAUCAUGACCUACAUACCUACCGACUUCCCCCCAGAUCGGGUGGGAAUAUUUGACUCAGGGGACAUCUGCGAAGAGCUCAAACAACGACGGCCGGAUCUUGCGAAAUACAUAUCAAAUUGUGGGUGUUUUGUUAUGCGAGGCGAUAGGGUGUCGCAUCCGGGCACCGGCAUCAACACAUGGGUAGCUUACUACAAUGUUUUCUCGCGCACAAGUCGCCGCCAUGCGUUGGAGAUAGCCAAGGAGGUGAGAAAAGAGACACGGUACGAAAUUGUGUAGUGCAAUGUUUGCUAGUCUAGGAUGGACCAUUGACAAACCCGAUGGACUCCUGAAUACUUACACGUUUGAUGUGCUCGCCGUAGAGACCG